AUGCCUCCAAGGCUCCCGUCCGAGGCCUUCUGCCUCAACCGGUCCAGCUGGACUGCCCAAUUUCUCCUCGACACAACUACCAAACGCUUCUUCGGCAUCAGAUCUCUCACUCCCCCCAAACACACCAACCACAAUGCCGGCCCCGGCCUUCCUCUCCUCAAAUCCACACCGCAAGCUGCCCUUGAACGCCGAUUGAAGGCAAACACAAUGCCGCUACGAACAGGACUGUUGGCAAUCAAGAAGGGUAUGACCGGUCUAUACGACCCUGAGACCGGGAAACGUACGCCCUGCACUGUCCUUCAGCUCGAUCGAUGCCAGGUUGUUUCUCACAAGACAAUGGAUAAACAUGGAUACUUUGCGGUGCAAGUCGGUGCCGGAUUCAAGAAGCCGCAACGAUUGACAAAGGCAUUGCUGGGUCAUUUCUCGGUGAAUGAAAUCGCGCCCAAGAGAUAUGUACAUGAGUUUCGAGUGAAGGACCAAAGUGGACUGCUAGAAAUUGGUAGCACAUUGUCCGCAGAUUGGUUUCAGGUGGGACAAUUUGUUGAUGCGCGCUCGAAUACAAAGGGUAAAGGCUUUGCGGGUGUCAUGAAGAGGCACGGUUUCCAUGGUCAGGAUAGGAGUCACGGUGUCAGUUUGACCCAUCGUUCAAUGGGUUCUGCUGGUCCUAGUCAAGGUGGUGGUUCUCGUGUCUAUCCCGGAAAGAAGAUGGCGGGAAAUAUGGGGAACGUGCAGAAUACUCUGCAGAAUCUAAAGGUCCUGGAAGUGGACCCCGUGAAUGGUAUUAUUGUUGUCAAUGGUUCCGUCAGCGGGCCCAAAGGUUGUCUCGUCCAGCUCCAAGAUGCGCUCAAGAAGCCGUGGCCGACUAUCGAGUCCACGCCUCAACCGGAAACUGUGAACCAAUGA